AGCUUGUUGUCCGAAAGGUACACUUCGGCAGAGUUCUUCGUGCCGAUUGCUUCGCUGACACGUUCGAUACGAAUCCGUAAUAAAUUGUGGAUUCUGAACUGCGCUGAUCCUAUUGUGUUUUGAAUAUAUCUUGACUGAAAAAGCCAGAUUAAGAUAUAGUUAAACUAGACAGUGCAGAAACUCGUCAAGAUCAAGAUUAAUCGAUACUCAUAGUGUGACAAUUAACGGUGAUAGUGUGAGGUGUCUGAAAAUCCAAAGAAAGAGUCAAUGAUACAUUGCGUCUAGGAUAUCGAUCAAUCGUGGAAAGACUUCUACUGAAGAAUAUACUCGUGCUCAAGAAUGACGUCGACUCUUUUUUGGAUUGGGAUUGCAUCCUUUGUCAUACCUUGCGUCCAGCGAACAGCUCUAGCAGUGUCAGUAAAAAAGCAGCACGAAUCAUCCGGACAAGAACCGUCGGGGUUGAACCCCUGCAAUAUUAACUCGGAGGUGAAGACCAACAGCGUUUCAGAUCUGCUGAAAUGCAUAGAGAACCUAGCCGAGGAUUCAAAAUCCGCAUCAUUCGCAUUUCCCAAGGAUCAGGAAACCCAGGGACGUCAGCGUCCUGGGUCCUAUGGAUUCGCUAACGGAGGACUUGGCGGUGCUCUUUACCGACCCGGCAGACCGAAAGAUCCUCCGCAAUAUCCGUUCGGAUCUGGGCUCUACGGUUCUGAGGGAUAUGCGGAGUCCUCUGAUCUGGGCCUGGCCGAUGCCCUGACGUCCAUAAGCCAGUACGACGACCUGAAGUGCGUGCCGCGUCUCCUGUGCGAAAUCGCUGGGGGGUCAAAGCCUGGAGGUGGCAACUACAAGGCGUCAAGUCUCGGCAGUUUUGGCAUGAACACAGUACUCGGACUCCUGACAGGCUAUAAUUUCGAGGAGGCAUCGCCGCUCCUGGGCUUCGCAAAGGCGGCGCUUCUCGGUUACUCGAGCAAGGGCGACCCCUCCGUUUGCUAUGAGGAGUACGUCAGAUGUCCGAAAAAUCCUCGAGCGCUUGUCCACUACCUGAACAAUCACAACGGGGGUUUUUUCAGGUUCUUCAAAAACACUCGACACUCCAACGUAGCUCAGAGUUCAAACGGGAUUGGGUACGCUAGGACGCGGCCGGCACUUCCUCCAGGACUCUCUGGACCAGAAUCUGACCGCACUGGUACGGGCAAGCUCAAAUUCGACAACCCGGAUCCGCUGCUGCGACAGGACGAAACGGAGCGCAUCCUCCAUCCUUUCCACGAAUAUUCCAAGGUUGUUUUUCCCGAGGAUGAAAAGUCCGGCACUAGAGUGUCAAAGUCAUUGCAGUCGAACCCGUCGUCAGCAUUCUUUCCGGCCACUUCGAAGGAUCAAUCAUUCUUCUUUCCACUCCGAGACGACGAUGAGAGCUUAGAGGACAACAACAUCGUGGCCUUUGAGAGUGACGAGGAUUUACAGGGUCUGCGGAAUUACAAUUCGUAUUCGAAGUACGAAAACCGAUUACCCUCUGACCAAGUAAAAGGCCCCCAAUCUAUCGUCAUCUUCCCCAAUGAUCGCGAUGAACGCAGGGUGAGGUUCGUUGGUUCCGAAUUUUCCAACAACCCAUCGUCGUAUGACAGACGCGCCGAUAUAUCCGAGAGGAGUUAUUCCAGUGACGACCGGACCUCGACUUCAGCGACUCAAGCACCGCUACAGGAAGCAAAGAAAAACCGAGAACUUUCCUCGAACAAUCAUCAGUCCCAUUCGGUUUGAUGGCAAGACUAUUUUUCUUUGCAGUGACUUAAAUUCGACAGCAUUUCGCCUGCCUAAAAGUGGUGAUAAGCACUUCGUUUGGUCUAUUGUUGUUCAGUUAUUGUUAGCAUCGAUGAAAUUAUGUCGGAAAAACGGACUAGUAAGAUUGAAGAGAUAUGAAAACUGAAAACUUGGUGUACCAAUUCCAGAGAAUAAAUUAUUAUUUGUAAAAAUGCA